AUAACUGAGUUAUACGUCAUUAAAUUGCGACAUUAGCUACACCAUGCCAAAAAUUAGCAAACUUUUACCUAAAAAUAUGUAGCUGUAAGAGUGACAGAAUUAGCUAAUACAAAUAUUUGAUUUUACACAAAUCAAGGACUGUCUGUUCUCAGUCCAAAACAUAAGAAGCAACUCUUGAAAUAGCGUCAUCCGCGUCAGGAGGACAAACGUGCUGUUUCAUCAGCUCGAGCAAGGUAACGUUACAUGGUAGUUAGCUAGCGUAGCUACGUUAUUUGUCAACAAUAAUCCUUCUGGCAUUUACUAGGUUAGCUGCCUAGAAAGUUUAAUCUGUUCAAAGGUGUCAUCUGGCCAGCUUCCUGCUUUUGUUGAGGUGUCGACUUGUUUGAGAGAAUGGACAAAGAUGAGCUGGUGGAGUACUUCAGGACACAAGUGAGACAGGACCCUGAGGUUCCCUCUGCUGUGGCAGCUAUCCGCACUCUCCUGGAGUUCCUCAAAAGAGACCAAAGUGAGACCAUCCUGGGCUUGAGAGAGAACCUGACCCAGACCAUCAGGCGCCUGGAGGAGGCUGACUCCUCUGUGGCUGUCUCGUCUGGUGGCGAACUGUUCCUCCGCUUCAUCAGCCUCACAUCGCUGGAGCACCCUGAUCUCUCUCAAUGCAAGAAAGUGAUGGUAGAGAGAGGAGAACUCUUUCUUAAGAAAAUCUCCCUUUCCAGGAGUAAAGUAGCAAAACUCUGCCAUACCUUUAUCAAGGAUGGUGCUAAAAUACUGACACACUCCUCCUCCCGGGUGGUUCUUAAGGUACUGGAGAGUGCAGCAGCUGACAAGAAACGCUUCACUGUCUAUGUCACUGAGUCACAACCAGACUCUGCAGGACGACAAAUGGCUGACAAAUUACAGAAUCUAAACAUUCCAGUCACAGUGGUUCUUGAUGCUGCAGUGGGGUAUAUCAUGGAAAAGGUGGACCUGGUGAUUGUGGGUGCAGAGGGAGUGGUGGAAAGUGGUGGUAUUAUCAACAAGAUUGGCACCUAUCAACUGGCUGUGUGCUCCAAGGCUCACAACAAGCCUUUCUACGUUGUGGCAGAAAGCUUCAAAUUCGUCCGACUCUACCCUCUAAACCAGCAAGAUGUCCCAGAACGAUUUAAGUAUAAAGCAGACACACUAAAGGCAGUGGAAGACCUAGCAGAAGAACACCCCAUGAUUGACUACACACCACCAUCGCUGAUUACACUUCUUUUCACAGACCUGGGGGUCCUCACUCCUUCAGCAGUCAGUGAUGAACUUAUUAAGCUGUACUUGUAAACCACCACUAGAAUACUGACACAACCCCAUCCAUUUCAACAAGUCACCGUUCAAUACGCAUUUCAUUAAAAAUGGCAAUCCCCCAGGGAAUCUGCCUUAAACACUUGACUAUUUACCCCCUACUUGUUUUACUGGAGUUUGAAAUGUUCUUCUGACCCAUACCAGACUUUAAAAACCUGCAAUCAUAGCAGCGUACUGUGAGUAACUUAUUGCAAAUUAGAAGUAAUCAAUCUCAAAAGGAGACUUUUUAUUAUGAACAGGACGUGGGUCAUCCAUAGUUUGUCUGAGCUCUCUCAAGUGUGUUGGCUCAGAUUAGUUAUUCACCCUCUGUACCCAAAAUAACAAACAUCCCUUGAACAAAUACCAAUAAACUAAGUCCGUAGGAAAUUGUCCUCAUUUGAUAAAUAGAAAUGCUCAAGUGACUACUUAACUGGCAACAGCUCAGAUCGCAUACCAAUGCUUUUUGUACUGCCCUUGCCCCAAAAGGUAGAAUCAUUCCUUUGUAUUUUUACCAUUAAAAUGUGCAUACUGUGACUGAUUGGCACAGGAAGUGUUUAAAAAAAGUAUGUUUAUCAAGAACUCCCCACCCAAAAAAGCUGAACAGUUGUCUAACACAUUUAGAAAGAACAGAUCAAAUACAACACUGGGCUUGGAAUGUGUCCAGUGUGGCUCAGUUGGUAGAGCAUGGCGCUUGCAACAGCAGGGUUGCGGGUUUGAUUCCCAUGGCGGACCAGUAUAAAAAAAUGUAUGCACUCACUGUCGCUCUGGAUGAUGGUACGACUAUGUAAAAGCAAAAAUAUUUCCACCACCUACUCAUUCUAUCCACAGCUAUAAGAUGAGAAAAUGACAUCCAGCGUUUUGGGGCGGUGGCUUUGAAUGUGCAAAUACUCAAACCUUCCUUGAUCAAAAAUUAAUAAUACCCUCUUCAGUGCUAUUGAUGUUAAAGUCUGAGGAGUCAAUGCGAAGACAUGUUUUUCCACUUGCGGAAAACUGCAUAUGUAACAUGGCCUGAAGUACACGAACAGAAAAACAGGAGAUUGGACAAAGUCUUUUCAGAUGUUUGAUUUCCAAUUUUGAAGUAUGGUGUGGCUAAUAGCUCAAGUGAAUGGUAAAUACUUUUUGGGAAAAAUAAAAUGUUUUACACAACUCUCCGCACUUCGAAAAAUCUCUUCAGGUAGUAGAUCUGCCCAAGGGUCAUGGCUACCAGCACAAGAGCUUCAAAGAAGGACCAAAGCACCACUCGGCUGUUUGUGUUGUCAUUAACUGGAGGGGAGGAAAACACAGGACAGUACAUUAAACCACUACUGCCACUGAAGUGUUUUCACUAAGCUGUCAAAAUUGGGUGUUCUUGACAAAUACUACGCAGUUUGAGAUAAGAGGUUAGGUAUGUUAUUCAUUUUCUAUGGAAAUAGCACAUUAUACAUGGUUGUUAUUGAAGUAGCAGCACAGAAGUGGUCUUACUUGCUCUGUGUAUCCUCUCUCGGACCUCCAUGUAUUCCUGCUCGUGUUUUACUGCGGUCAUGGCAACUGCUAGCUCAUUAAUCAUCUCUUCCAGCUUGUUCUGGUGGGCUGUGAACAAGAAUGGAAAAUUAACUAGUACAGUAUACAGCAUUUUGCAGAGUUAAAGAAACCCCAACAAGUACAGGCACAUCCAAGUAAAUCAGGUACAACUCACAUCAAGGUUAGGUUUAUUGUAGAUGCUGUUCAAAGUGAUGUAAUGACUUACGCAAUAAAAGGUUGUGCAGGAAA